AAACUCGCGGGAAAUCAACGGUAAUGGGUUUUAGGUUUUGUACUUCCAAUUUGGAAAUCCCAAUUAAGGUUGCAGGAUCCCAAAAUCGAAUGGUUUUUAGGUUUUAAAGGGCCAUUUCUCCGUCGAUAUCGUCUUCAUUGAAUUUUUCCCCCUUUUAAUGGCUGCUUCCGAAUUCAUUUGAAAUUCCCCCCCAAUUUAAAGCAAGAAUGAAGCUACGUACUUAUUAGUUGAUAGAAGAUAGAGAGAAGUGCGGAAUUGAUUUUUUCUGCUGCUGAAAAGAUGAAUAGUUGUUAUAUUACUUCGAGCAAGCGAUCAUUCUCAAUUGCCAGGUUGUGCAUCAAAUAUUCAGGGACAUGGAGCAGUAUGCGAGGUUUACUUAUGAAGAAUUGCUAUCUUUUGAUAUCGAGAUUUUACUGUGUGAGAUGGUCAAUGUUGUACAGACAGGAUGCUGGUAACCCCUUGCAACAAUAUCGAGAUUUUUCAUUGUCUGGCAACUACAGCCGCUGUAUGAGCCACUAGCGAAAGGCUAUCAGGUCUUAAAAAUCAGUAAUGAUCUCUCUUAGAGCCUCCCCCAGCAACCCAUUAUGGUGUAUUCCUAAGUAAAUUGGGACUGUUAAUCCAGAAAAGAACAAGCCAACAUGGAAUGCCAGAGAAGAUGUGCAGGCAGCGACAGACGACAGUAGCAGUCGAAUUCAAAUAUUACGCUAUGUUAGUUGGACUCGUUUACAAAUCGCCUACAUGGAUACGUGUACAUUUGCCUUACACGUGUCAGAGUGUUUAAGGUCCAACACGAGUACUCGAGGUUGACAAGCUUCCAAUUACGUAAUUCUUCUUGAUCUACAGCUAAUUGAGGUUCGUUUUUAUUAUAAAUUUUUUCAUUUGGUGGUGAAUUUAAAAUGUAUGUCAUGUGUAGUGGGCAUUUACACUUGAGCUCUACGAUUAUGUCAAAUGUACUUGUUAUUUACAUUGAUCCUCACUUUUAAAAGUUUGUUCCAGAAUUAUUAGUUGAAUGUAAAAUGUAUAGUGGUCAUAUAUUUAUGAAGUUGAUGGUGAUGUUGAUUUUUUAUAUGUUGUUGUAGAAAUGGCUUCAUUUCGUGUCACCGUUGUAUGCUUUUGGAAUGGUUCAAUUCGAUCAACUAGUAAUAAUGUUAAGUAUGUUGGGGGAAAAUGUAAACUGUUUGCAUGCAACUCAUACAUGGAUUUGAAUGAAUUUAAACAUUUUAUAUGCUCUAGGAUUGGCAUUGACACUACAAGAAGUACUGUUAAUUUAAGUUUUAAAUACAAUCUGAGUGGAGAUUUGUUAGCUUUUCCGAUUGAGGAUGAGGAGGCUAUAGAUGCAAUGUGGGAGUAUUCAAGGUCUACCCCUAGUCCUUCUUUAGAGUUAUAUGUAGAAGAGGUACCCCUAGGGAACGAAGAUGUGAACGUAGUGGAAACAAAUGCAUUUAUGAAUAUAACUCCUUCUGCUCCUUCUCAUACGCCCUUCCCUACCCAAGAAACCCAAAAUCCCUUUAUGCCAUCUUCCUCUUAUCCUUCUAAUGAACCCAAUCAACUUCAAUUUCAAGUGACAAAUGAUGAUACUUGUAACUUAGAAGAUACAAAUGAGCCUUGGGAUGAUGUUAUUAGUGAGAGUAAUGAAUUCGUUGAAGCUCCUUCUGAGGAUGAUGUUGGUAUUGACGAGGAGGCUCUAGCUAAUGACAUGACUUUAGGAAACAUUCCAACAAUCGUUGCCCCUACACCCUAUGCACUGGUUCCCCCUCUAGAUGAACACAUUGAGGACAACUCUUGGAGGUCUUGGGAUUGUGAUACAACCUACACCGACGAAGGAGAGUUUCAAAAGGGUAUGAUGUUUGACAACAAGGAUGCCUUGUUAGACGCUGUUAGAUUGUAUCAUAUUCGUAGGAACGUUGAGUACAGAACUGAGACUUCAAAUCAAACCGUGCUCACGUUGAAGUGUAUGAGAGGGUGUGGUUGGAGGCUUAGGGCUAGGAAGACCUCCUAUUCACCGUCAUGGGAGAUAAUUACUUAUAAAGGGAAGCACGGGGGUUGUAUUUUAAGUACUGAAAACGUGUCAGCUGGGCACAUUCAUUUGACAUCUUCCGUGAUUAAUAAUCGUAUUAGAAAUUGUGUUGCUCAAGACCCAUCAAUUAAGGUUUCUGUUGUCCGGCAAAUGGUCAAAGACCAAUUCGGUGUGGAAGUGACCUAUAAGCGGGCUUGGUGUGCUAAACAGCAAGCCCUUCUCUCCAUCUAUGGUACGUGGGAAGAUUCUUAUCCUCUUCUUCCACGCUUCCUGAAGGCACUGCAAAUUUCAAACCCCGGUACCGUAGUUGAGUGGUUCUUUAAGGAAGAUAAUGAUGUCGAUGUGUAUGUCCGUCCUAGUAUUAGAACUUUCAAACGCGUGUUUUGGGCUUUCCAACCUAGUAUUGAGGGAUUUAAGUAUUGCAAACCCGUUAUUGCCAUUGACGGAACACAUUUGUAUGGUAAGUAUCGCCAUACGUUGUUGACUGCGAUUGCCCAAGAUGGGAACAAGGGAAUAUUCCCGCUUGCCUUUGCUUUGGUCGAAAAAGAAUGCAUAGCCGCGUGGUCUUAGUUUAUGGGCUGUGUUCGUAAGCAUGUGAUGCAUAGUCCAGGGUUAUGCGUUAUUUCCGAUAGGCAUGCGGGCAUUCUAGCAACUAUGGAGGAGCCGGAAUGGUAACCUCCAAACGCCCAUCAUAGGUUUUGCUUGAGGCAUUUGUUAAGCAACUUCAAUCGUCAAAUAGGUAAUGUGAAGUUGAAGAAAAUGUUUGGUAGGACUGCAGAGCAAAGACAACCCAAUAAAGUCGUCGAGGGAUUGAAGGCCAUUGGUGUUUUUAAUCGUGAAGCACUUUUUUGGAUUGAUGAAGUUGGUGAUAUGUCUAAAUGGUCAAUAUGUCACGAUGGAGGGUAUAGGUACGGUGUUACUAAUACGAACUUGGCCGAAGUAUUCAAUAACGUGAUGAAGGGUGUGCAUUUCUUGCCGAUAACCACUCUUGUGGAGUUUACCUUCUAUCAUGUUAAUGAUUAUUUUGUAAAAAGACGCGAGAAUGCAAACGCGUGGUUAAUUGGGGGAAACAAGUACACUUCACACGCCACUAGAAUUAUCACCCGUAACACCGAGAAGGCAAACUACCAUGAGAUCAUCGCAUUUGACUACAGACGAGGCCUUUUCCAAGUUAAAACUGGGCGUGGUAAUAGAGGAUCGGCCAAGGGUGGUAAAAUACAAAGUGUGGAUAUGAGCGAGAUGAAAUGCACUUGUAACAAACCGUCCAUAUUUCACUUACCUUGUUCUCAUGUUCUUGCCGUAUGCAUUAAACGACACUUAUCCUAUGAGCGAUUUGUGGACUCCUGCUACAAGACCCAGAGCUAUGUUAACACGUAUGAAUGCAUAUUCUUGCCGUUAAUUGAUAAGAGGGCAUGGCCUCAAUACACCGGUGUUGAGGUGUUACACGAUCCAGAUCACAUUCGUGGAUUAGGAAGACCUAAGUCCAGGAGGAUCGCGAACGAGAUGGACGAAGGAUCGCGAAGACGCAACGCUUGUCGACGAUGUGGUAUUGACGGUCAUAAUACUAGAACUUGCACGUCAAGGAGAGAUGGAUCCAGCAGCUCCAGGCCCUCUGGACCCUAGUGUCCUUACGAUGCAGGCGAGUCACAGGAGCAGUGUGCUAUGGGAUGUACAGGUGUCCGAUACGGAAACCAUAUACACCAGGCAUCCCGAUUCAGCUCCAUGGGCGAUUGACGCACGGAUCGUCCCGUACCUUCAGCUUGCGAGAUUGCAUGACUUCCACCUGAUCGCGUACGGGAGAGUCGAUCGGGCGCUGCUCACGGCUUUAGUCAUGUCCGGACUACGGUGUCGGGUCCUCACAGGGUGCCACAUCAUCAAACUAUCAAUCCCCUCCCCUACCCGAGCGUCAUGCGACUGCAUCUUACUAUCGUAGAAGGCGUCGUAAACCUUCACAAUUAGACAGGGUACAGGAGGAGGAUUAGCAUUACAAUAGUUUUGUAAUUAUUGAACAUUUGUACAUACUCAUUUGUAACUGUUGGUCUUUUGUGUGUAAAUUGUAACAUAUAUGUACAUGUAUAUAUUUUUACCGUAGUAUCACACGUUUAUUAUGAGUGAAUUGAUGUUAACUACUCAAACUUUUGGGCGAUGAAUCAUUCCGCGAACAAUGCAGCAUAAAUUUAAUCAAAAACAUACAAUCAUAUUCAAAUAAGGAUGUUGCUAUUCAACAUUCAACACAAUUUCAAGCAAGUUCAACAAAUCCAAAUCCAAUUACAUACUUCAUGCAUUAAGUUA